ACAGUCCGUUGCAACAAUGAGGCGAUCAUAAAUAUUAAAUAGCAUCAAGGUCCAUUGGAAAAGCGAAGCUAAAGUAUACUACAGCGAGAGAAAAAAACCAAGGAAGAACGAUGGGGGGAGGAAUGGAAGCACACAAAAACAGAUUCAUUGAAGAUUGGAGCUCGGCAAGAGAGAAUCUGGAGCACAACUUCCGAUGGACUCGCCGCAAUUGGGCUCUCGUCGGCAUUUUCGGCAUCGCUAUCCCCGUCCUUGUGUACAAGGGAAUUGUUCGAGAAUUUCAUAUGCAGGAUGAAGAUAAUGGUAGGCCAUACAGGAAGUUCCUGUGAGUUGUUCUAUGGGAUGCUUGAUAAUAAAGGCUUUUGACGAGUAAAACUGGGUUUUAUCUUGGACAACAAGUUGUGUUAUUUAUCCAGUUUCAAAACUUUUAUUGUUCAUCUUGAUCCAUAUCAUGUAUUGCUCCUUUGAA